UCUGGUUUUCUCUCCGUCGCCAUGGUGCCAGUUGGUUUCCGUGGGCUUCACCUCCAGCUGUGUGUGAUACCUCGGCGUCGAGUCGAGACAACACCAUGGCAAAUGUCACGCGGCCAACGUUAAUGCGUGACUUGUCAAGGAAGCGGCGAAGAACCAUGAAGUUGGCGACGCUGCUGUUUUACGCCGGCGCUCUGGGGCUUCUUGCUGUCGGCCUGAGAGAGUUCUUCACUGGCUUUGAGGAAAACAGAUGCAGUAUGACCUACAUGUACGAAUACCCCGAGUAUCGGCGUGUGACGUUGCCUCGCCGGGUGGCUAGACUGUACCCAGCGUACGGGCUCUAUCUGUAUGGUGAGGGUCUGUACGCCCAGGAAACCCGUGAGCUUCAACUCUUUGGUGCCCCUGUGCUCUUUUUGCCUGGAAAUGCAGGAAGCUACAAGCAAGCUCGUUCUCUCGGCUCAGUGGCCUUGAGAAAAGCGGAGCAUGCCGAAGGGGGUCUCCACUUCAACGUGUUCACCGUGGACUUCAACGAAGAAAUGGUGGCCUUGUACGGUGGCAGUUUAUGGCAGCAGACAGACUUCCUGCACGAGAGCAUCAAGGCCAUUCUGAAACUUUACAAGCACCUGAAGACGCCUCCCCAAAGCGUGGUACUUGUGGGCCACUCCAUGGGCGGCGUGGUGGCUCGGGCGCUGUUCAUGUUGCCCCACUUCAACACCACUAUGGUCCGUCUUAUCAUCACUCAGGCGUCCCCUCAUGUUGCUCCAGUGCUUGUCUUGGACCCUUACCUGCUGGAUUUUUAUUCUUCACUGAGGAAAAAGUGGGUGAAGCAGGCAGAUGAGCUGAGGAACGUCACAGUUUUAUCAGUUGGCGGUGGUCACCGUGAUUACCAAGUGCGCUCAGGACUCAUCUCUCUACCCUGCCCUCCAGGAGACCCAAGUAAAUUGUCGCUGGUGGCCACUGCAGUUCCUAGGACUUGGGUUUCCACUGACCACCUAUCCAUUGUGUGGUGCAAAGAGCUCAUUCUUGCUACUGUCAGGGCUUUCUUCGACCUUGUCGAUCCAGAAACCAGACAGUUCACAGACAACCCAAUGAAGAAGAUCGCCGUACUCAAACACCACUUCAUUCGACACCCUGCCAGAAUGUUGGGAGAAACUCAAAAACCCUCUGUCUCCACGCUAGAUGCUCCAGAGGCAUGGAGUGAAGUGAACACUUUGCGUCUGGCAUAUACCACAACAAAGGAAGUAGAAGUCAAAUACUUUGUGUUCGCCCUUUCAAGCCGUAGGAAGGCUUACAGUGAUUUCUACUGUCGGAGCAGCAACCAGGACAUGACAAGCUGGUUGUACGGCUGUGUGCACUGGAAUGGUUCUUCAUGUGUGCACAUGGUGGAUUUGUCCAAGGGCGCUGAGCUUCUGCCUCCUUAUAAGGUCUUGACGCUAAAUCUCAGUGACUUGUCUUCAUUCACACAUCUGGUGGUCUCGGCGUCCAACGUUAAUGGCAAAGAGUUCACAGUGGAGUGCGAGUGGCAAAGGCAUCAAUCUCUGACUCUUUCGGCCUCUGUUCCACAUGUUCUCUCCUUUGGGCUGGCAGUCAGCGAAGUGACUAUAAACUUUAGUGGCCUUUUCCACACCAUUGAGCUGCAACAUUUCCACCAGGUCUAUCAGGCUUUCAGAAUUAAUGUUGCAAGUCAGUGUAAGGUACAAAAAGUUCGUGUGCCACCCAGUGUCUACAGAAUGCAGGUACCGUGGUUCCUGGAGGACUCUUUAGUAACAGCCAGUGUUCCAUCAGUGACGGAGAUUUCAGGGAUGCUCCACACUAACCGUCCGGACAAUUCAUCCAGUGUCCUCCUUCAGCUCCACACUGCACCCAACUGCCAAUAUAAGGUCUCAGUGAGAUCGUCAUUUCCCAGAGUGCUGGGACAGAUCCUGCGCUUCUUUGGCCCCAUGGUGCCAGUGUACACUACUGUAACCCUCCUGCUGUCCUGCGGUUGUCAGAUGUCCGCCAUCAGGAAGUCGGGGAGACCUGCCAACAUUAGUCUCGCGCUUGGCAAAGGGCUCCAGCCUCAUAAAGUCAACCUGUCUGUUUAUAUCCUGCACAUUCUAUUGAGUUGUAAUUGGUUAAAAGACACAUGGUCGGUGCUUUGCCUUCCCUUGAUGGACGUCACCCCUCCCAUCUUCCCUGAUGCGGCGUUUCUCAACAGCCCAACGCCAUCUGCAGAGUGGUCGUACACCCUGCACCCACUCCUCUACAUUUUUGGCGCUGCGGUGGCAUUUUGGGGCAGCAUGUUGAUCCGACUCUUUACCCAGCUCAUUUCGUUGAUCUUAGCUGUGCUGUACAGACCGUCCAUCUCAAGAGACUGUGGCACUCUGCGCAUGCGGACCCAAGUUCUCGUCGUGGUAGCUCUCACAAUCGUGGGCUGGACAACCUGUGGAGUGCUGUCAAUCACGACCGCCUUUUUGUUUCACCUGUACAGGGUACUGAGACUACAAAUGACAGAAAGAUCCUUGCGUCACAUUCUCAAUCUGGCACCCCAGAACCACAAGGAAAAUUCCGGAGCAGAGACCAAACAAAGUAAUGACUUGCCCCUGCUGUCGGAGUGGGCUCUACAGGAGGCCCAGGAUGACCUGCAGCUCCACCUGGGUCUGUCUGCUCUCUUUACUGUCCCUGUGAUGCUCAGCACACCCUCGCUUAUCCACUGGAUCCGCAACCUGAGGUACUCCACCCAUCUUGAUCCCGACCCCUGUUGGCCAUACUUUGUACCUCUGAUUGUCGCCUACGUGGUGCUUAUUAACUGUGACACGCUGACGAUCGCCAACAGCAAACUCCUGCAAUUAACAUCCUUUCUCCCAUUGCCUGUGUCCAUCGCUAUGGUGAUGUUCUCCCCACUGCACCUGUACAGAGUGAUGUACUUCCUGUUGGGAGCCCUUGUGCCCAUGGCGUUGUGUUGUGUUCUCUGAUGGUAUCUGGUAUUGUGUUGAUUUUUUUUUUUUUUUUUUUUUUUUUUUUUAAACAAGCCCCACUACUCCAAAAAGGUUUUUUUUGUGAACCCUUGAUGAUAUUGUCUUAUUAUUUGUUUACCUUGGAGCAGAGCCUUAGACAUACAUUCAUCAGCAAACUGCCUUCUUGAUGCAGUGGUACCUCGACUUACGAGUAACCCGAAAUAUUAGCCGAAGUAUUUAACCAAACCACGUAACUUUCGAAAGUCCACUAUCUUAACACAAACACACAUUGCAAAAUGCCAUAGGUGAGCGAAAAACGCCUUAUUCCUUGCUUAUUUCCAUUUUCCCCCCUGGUCCUCAGCUGAUGCAUGUUUUUUAAAUUUAUUUUAUGGCAAUUACAAUGGAACGGUAAUUAUUUGCAAUCAGGCUCUGUGCCUAUCCCCUGUGAAUAGCGCGUGUCCAUUGUCUUCUUUAUCCUCUAUGAAGAACAACGAAUAUUACUGCAGUUCACUGAGCUUGCAAGA